UCGCAUCCUCGGCGGGGCCCGGUGCCAUCCUGGCCCGGCAGCCACGGCGAGGCGCAGCCCCUGGCGCCCACCGCCCGUCCUUCCUCACCUGGGCCGGGGUGCUCGGCCGCGGAAAACGAAAGUAACUCUGGGGUUGACGCUGCGGGCACAGCACUAAGCAAGAACCAAAAGUGUUACAUUAAGCAUUCAAAAUGGAACCAGACAUGUCCUUGGACAACAUCAAGAUGGCAUCUAGUGACCUGCUGGAGAAGAAAGAUCUAGACAGUGGAGGCUUUGGGAAGGUGUCCUUGUGUUUCCACAGAACUCAUGGAUUUGUUAUCCUGAAAAAGGUGUACACAGGGCCCAACCGUGCUGAAUACAAUGAGGCCCUCUUGGAGGAGGGGAAGAUGAUGCACAGACUGAGACACAGUCGAGUGGUGAAGCUGUUGGGCAUCAUCAUAGAAGACGGGAAUUACUCGCUGGUGAUGGAGUUCAUGGAGAAGGGCAACCUGAUGCAUGUGCUGAAGGCCGAGAUCAGUGUCCCACUCUCUGUAAAAGGGAGGAUAAUUGUGGAGAUCAUCGAAGGAAUGUGCUACUUACAUGGCAAAGGUGUUAUACACAAGGACCUGAAGCCUGAAAAUAUCCUUGUUGACCAUGACUUUCACAUCAAGAUAGCUGAUCUUGGUGUGGCUUCCUUUAAGACUUGGAGCAAACUGACUAAAGAGGAGCACAACAAGCAGAGGGAAGUGAACAGCAUGGCCAAGAAGAAUGGAGGCACCCUCUACUACAUGGCGCCCGAGCACCUGAAUGACAUCAAUGCAAAGGCCACAGAGAAGUCAGAUGUGUACAGUUUUGGCAUUGUACUUUGGGCAAUAUUUGCAAAUAAGGAGCCCUAUGAGAAUGCCAUCAGUCCUGAGCAGCUCUUGAUCUGCAUAAAGUCUGGGAACAGGCCAAAUGUGGAGGACAUCAUUGAGCACUGCCCACGGGAGAUCAUCAGACUCAUGGAGCAGUGUUGGCAAGCAAUCCCCGAAGACCGGCCAACAUUUCCUGGCGUUGAAGAAGAAUUUAGGCCUUUUUACUUAAGUCAGUUUGAAGAAUAUGUAGAAGAGGAUGUGGCAAGUUUAAAGAAAGAGUAUCCAGAUCAAAAUGCAGUUUUGAAGAGAAUGUAUUCUCUCCAGAAUGACUGUGUACCCUUGCCUCCAAGCAGGUCAAAUUCAGAACAGCCUGGUUCGCUGCACAGCUCCCAAGGACUCCAGAUGGGACCUGUGGAGGAGUCCUGGUUUUUUUCCUCUCCGGAACAACCACAGGAUGAGAAUGAGUGCAGUGUACAGGCUAAACUCCAAGAGGAAGCCGGUUACCAUGCUUUUGGAAGAUUCACAGAGAAACAGGCAAAACCGCAGCCAAAACAGAAAGUGGCUUAUAGCAGAGAGGAGGAAAGGAAACGAAGGGUCUCCCAUGACCCCUUUGCACAGCAGAGACCUCAUGAGAAUGUUCAGAGUGGAGCAGCCAGAGGUCUUUCUGAUCCCGGCCCACCCUGUUAUGGAAAUACAGCACACCAGCUGUCAGGGCCAGCCAGCCAAACACGAGUGCCAUUCUGGAACAACGGAUUAUAUAAUCAUGGGUUUAGACCUGCAAGUGCAGGAGUUUUGUUUGGGCCAAAUGCAAGCCAAAUGUAUAAUACUUUUAAAACUCCGGUACCUGAGACCAACCUACCAGGAAGCACACCUACCAUUCCAUUCAUCUCCUUGCCACUAACAGAUGAGCCCAUAAGAUAUACUAUAAGCAAUAGUUCUGCUGUUCAAAUUGGAAACUACAAUUAUAUGGAUCUUGGCCCGAGUUCACAACUACCAGACAACAUGUGCAAAGAAGAAUCAGUUCCCAAAUACCAUGCCAUCUUCGAUAACACCAGUAGUCUGACUGAUAAACACCUGAACCCUGUCAGGGAAAACCUGGGACGGCAGUGGAAAAACUGUGCCCGCAAGCUAGGCUUCACGGACUCUCAGAUCGAUGAAAUUGACCACGACUAUGAACGAGACGGGCUGAAAGAAAAGGUUUACCAGAUGCUCCAGAAGUGGCUGAUGCGGGAAGGCACCAGGGGGGCCACAGUGGGAAAGUUGGCCUGGGCACUUCACCAGAGUUGCAGGAUAGACCUGCUGAACCACUUGAUACAGGCCAGCCAAAGCUAAGCCUGGGCCACCUGUGGCAGUGGGAACUAGACUGUUUGCCUGGUGCACAAGUCCCUUUGCCCCAUGCCCUCAGAACUCUUUCUUGGUACAAGCCCUGGAUCCAUGCACCUGUUGUACAUUUUGGAACUGGAGAAGGGAAAGAAGUCUAAAGCCCACGGUGGUUCUUCAGGAAGCACAAGCAUGAAGACUGUUGAAUGGCCCAGAUAGGUACCUUAGAUGACAGUCACGGUCCUUCCUAAAGCUAGAGGAUCUGUUAACUUUAGCAUCCAAUGCUGUGCUGUCACCUGAAGCUUUAAGAAUCAUGUGCAAUUCUAGCGUAUAUAAGUUAAAGAGGAAAUGUUAAGGAGGACUAAGGAGGAGGAAAAACUGCAGGACAGAGGGAGCUCACCACUUUCCAGCACUCGCCACUGAGAACUGCUGAUUGCAACUACUGUAAAUACCAGCGUGAAAUUUUACAUCUUCUCGUACCAUGCUGGUGCUCCGCGCCGUUCUCCAGCCUGUGCACCCCUCAGAGGUCACCGGUGUGCAGGAAAUGCAGUCUCUUCCUCCCUGGGUAUGGCCAGAACCUCAGCACUGCUCACUGUAGAACUGUUUCCUGAGUUUACUCAGAAAAAUGUACUGAAAAUAUUUCUUCUGUGUGCCAUGAGUUAAAAAGGGACAGCUUUCAGAGUUCACUCUUUGUGCCCUUAGCAAGCCCACGUGCAACCCAGGAGUGAGUGGAAGAACUAGAAGACUAAAGCUGCCUGGGCCAACUACAGUCACUGCUGGCAUUGUCUGUUCAGAGGCUAUGCAGCGACAGGCAUCUGACUGUUAGGAAAGAUUCCGGUGUCUGGUUGACAACAGUGGGUUAUGAUCCUGAAUCUCCUGCAGCCUCAGAAGACACGUGGCACUCCUGGAGUGAGCUGCAAAGCAGCUUUGUCCUUGUUGGCAUUUUGGCACUAGUUGGCACUUCAUCCUCCACUGCUGACCUAUCUUGUACUAUGUAGAAUAUUUAGAAACAUUCCUGGCCUCCUCCAUCUACAGGAUGCCGAUAGUACAAGUCAACUUCACCCACCAAUGUGACAAAAAUGUCUCUAGACAUGGCUACAUAUUUCUUGGAGGGACCCUGCUGUAACUUUAUAUGCCUCACUUCUGUCACACAUGCUGGGUUCGUGCCUUAACCGCAUAGAGUAUGCACAUUGGAAGGGAAUUGGAGCAGAGAAGGUUCCAAGCUUUCCUGGAGGAACCUGGAUAGUCUUUAAAUGCUUUCCUCUUAACCUCUAUUCCAAUGCUAUUUUAAGAAGACAGGAUUAGAAAGUAUUUUUAAUGGAGUUGACAGGUGGGGGGGGGUGGAAUGGCAGGGAAAGCCAGAGCUGGUUUUGGAACUGCAGUAGCAAUCAGGGUCCUAGUGUUAAAAUCAUGUCUAUUAAGUGUUCUGUAAGGGAAGAAUUGUGGGUCCAUUGCAGAAGAUAGGUACUUCAGAUCUAGGCCCAGAUUGUGACCACAGACUUCCAGGCCUUUUCCUGGCCAGGCUCACCAAUGACAUCCAGACAAUUGCUUGGCAUCUUGAGUUGUGGCUGAACCUAUAUGAGUUGAAGGACAGUCAGCAGAUGAAGCCUUAUACCCUCAUGGGUAUGCUGCCCAGUUCCUUGUACAAGAAAGGCUGUGCACCAGCUACACAGAGCGAGCAUUAAUAGAUUAGGCGCAAAGACUUCUCUAAGCCCCUCAUGUGCUCUCUGCACCUUGUCAGCGCCUAUGAUGACUAAUGACUUUGUGGUCAGCGGUACCAUGGGAUGUGGGAGUCUCUGGGAGCCCAACAUGAAUGUAUAGCACUUAUUUAAAACCACCUCCCAAGCUAUGCAGAAUGCUGUGGCCUGGGGCGCAAGCCAGGCCUGAUUGUCAUUGUCCACAUCAUUGAAAAAAGCAAGAUUGCGAACACCAGGACACUGAGGGCCCAGGACGACUAGCCCUGUUCCCAAAACCCAGAGUACUGUUUGGUUCUGUUUUUAAUAACCUUCCUUAAAAAAAAAAAAAGUGAAAUAAAUUUUAUACUUUAAAUA